AUGGGAAUUCACCAUAUCUUCUACUGCAACGCUCGACCUCUCACCACAGCGGAUUACUUAUGUCGAAACUGCCUAUCCGAUGAGAUGCCGGAAGACCCCGAUGUGUUAGAAGACUUUGGAUUCAACCGCUGCAAGACUCGAGAUGAGCAGUCGCAUCUUCUCGGAGUCUAUAUCGGUCUGUUCGUCUACCGAGAUAUUUCCAGUGAAACAGUUGAUGCUUGGAGGAAAGGUGGUGCGCUCAUGAGUCAGAUUACGGAGGAAUAUAACAAGAUACCAGAGGUAUCCCGUGGGAAAUAUUUCCCUUGGCUCCUUCGCAAUGCCCACAUAUUAAGCCCAGGCAAGACAGUCAACCCAGUCCAAGCACCUCCUGAAAUCGACCUAGAGAGAAUCUUAGGACAAGCGGCGUCAUACCUCGGGGGCGAAGAUAGCGGAAAGACCUUAGAACAAUUGGAGCCGUUUGAUAAGAAGCGUUGUUUUGUUUUUUUCGCCUUAGCGCUCGAAAAUGCUAACCCUUCGCCUUUUGAACACGCCCCGUUUGAUCUGUGGUAUCAAUUCGGAUUCGCUACUUGUGUUAGUCGUGAUACAACACACCAAGGAAUUCGGCACGCUGAGGGCGGACUUGGUGGCUCGUAUGCUACGUUACUCUCUGGGCACAAGCAUAGAAGGGCCUACUGUAAAAGUCUUGGGAUUCCAUACGACGGCCCUCCAGAUCCACCAAUAUGCCCGUUCGACGAGUUUUGGACAGCCUAUAGUUCGCUCAGCUUGCCUUCCGUCUUUGAUAAAUAUGGAUACGGCCAUGUGAUGGAUCAAAAUUUAAGAGAUUUCCUGUCUUGUAAACCAGAGAAGCGCCCACACGUUUGGAGGCUACUACACUAUAUAGCAAUUGGCGAAGUCAAUGCCAUUGACUCUAUACCAGAGCUAAAGGAUGCAGCAAAGUUUUAUGGAAUCUCUUCGCUGGCUGACACAGGGGAGAGAAUAGCCUUGUACGAAUUCUAUCGGCAGUUACUAGGUGUCGUUGACCCCUUAUCCCUUGAUGAGGCAUGCGCGCAAGGCACUUUAUUGAAGCUUGCCCUCCAACAUUUGAAGACAGAUGUGGGUGCAAGAAUCAAGUCAUUACUGGUCAAGCUGGAUCUUUCUAAAAGACGAGGGGGGUAA